UACAAGGCCUUAAGUCACAAACCAGACCCACAACACAUAAUAGCACGUGUAGACAAGCCGGGGUGUUGUUUCUGUCCGCUUCCAAAACACACGGUUGCUAGCGGGUUGAGUCAGGCAGGACAUGAUCACAUCGGCUUCAGUUCCUUCAACAGAAACUGAAUGAAUACUUCCGACUCGUCUAAUACCGCUACUGCGUUUUUGAUUCGCGGAGAUGAAUGAUGUAUUUACGUUACGAGCUUAAUAUGUGUUUACCCUGCAGAUGCGAAGAUGAAGUGAACAUGAUCAGUACCGAUGGCCCCUCCACCCAGUGCGAGGAGACCCGGGACGCCGGGAAGAGGGGCAGGCAGCCCCCAGAAAUGCUGCACCUCAUGUUCGCUGUGUCCGUGUGGCUGGUGACGGGCACCACUAUAUCCAGCCUCAACAAAUGGAUAUUCUCCGUGUACAAUUUCAGAUACCCGCUGCUUCUGUCAGCCCUCCACAUGCUGACGGCGAUAGUGGUGGACUACGGACUGAUCAAGUGCAGGGUGAUCCGGCACAGAGGCGUCUGCGAGCAGGAUUUAACCACCUGCGCCAAAUGCAAAGUAUUCCUGCUGAGUUUGACCUUCUGUGCCAGUAUCGCGUUUGGCAACGUGGGACUCAAUUAUGUGCAGCUUUCGUUCGCGCAGAUGAUCUACACCACCACGCCGCUGUUCACGCUGGCCAUUUCCACGCUGAUUCUGGGAAAGCAGCACCACAUCCUGAAGUACACCGCGAUGAUGCCCAUCUGCCUCGGGGCGUCGUUCAGCAUUAUGGGCGAGGUCCAGUUCGACCAGACCGGCUGCCUGUUUGUGUUCGCCGCCACUAUGUUAAGAGGCGUAAAAACCAUUCAACAAAGCAUCUUGCUCCAGGAGGAGAAGAUCAACUCUGUCUUCCUACUGUAUCUGAUGUCCAUCCCCAGCUUCUGCAUCCUGGCCAUAGCCGCCCUGGUUCUGGAGAACUGGGCCGCGCUGCAAUCCCCUUUCCAGUAUGACCACCACCUCUGGGGUUUCAUCUUGCUCAGCUGUCUGGGCUCAGUGCUUUACAACCUGGCCAGCUGCUGUGUCAUCACCCUGACCUCCGCUGUCACGCUGCACAUCCUGGGCAACCUGAAUGUGGUGGGGAACCUGCUGCUGUCCCAGCUGCUGUUUGGGCAUGAGCUGACGGCUCUUAGCUGUGCUGGAGCUGCGCUCACCCUCUCAGGCAUGAUCAUCUACCAGAACUCAGAGAUCAUCGUAGCUUACAUCGACACACGGAGAGCCAGGACACCAACCGGUGGCAGUGGAGAGGACGUGGUUUGUGUUAAGGAGAAUGAUUCGAACAUAUCAAAGACUCCAGAACCUUGUUCAGAAGGAGAAUCAUCUGCAGAAGCAGCUCAAGAACCUAACAAGAGGACAGAGAAUCAGGUUCAUGAGAAAAUGGACUGAAGAGACUUAAAGGCUGUGUUCCAAAACCUAGUGAGCUGCAGUGCUGCUGUCUAUAGCCAAACUCCUGACUUUUUUCUUGAAUGGAGUACAAGGAAAGUGAAAAGUGGUCAUGGCUCUCUUUGGUCCACAACCACUUUCAUUAGAUGGAAAAGAGAAGCUUGAACCUGAGUUGUUAUAGUUAACUAAAACUUAACUAAAACAAUAAAAAAGUGCUCAUUGAAAUAAAAUAAAUGUUAACUAAAGAAAAAAAAAUUGUCAAUUUUAGGUAGUUGCCAAAACUGAAAUAUGUACUAAAAUAAAAAUUAAAAAGAAAUAAAAACAUAAUUAUAAAGUUGCAUUUAAAAAAAAAAAACGAAAAAAUGAUAAAAACACAAAAUUACUAAAAGCCUUGUUGUGGGCAGUGCGCCGAUAUAUAGCACCAUUGCGCUACAGGCGUCCUGGCUGGAGGACCUUUCCCUAUCCCGCCUCCCUCUCUCUCUCUCACACUUCGCUUCCUGUCUACAAUACUGUCCUA